UCUCCCCACUCCCCUGCCGCGGCGGGCUGCCGGCAGGCGCGGCUCUGAGCAAGAGCCUUCGAGCCGAGCGGGCGCCUCGGCCUCGGCUCCUCCUCCCCGCGUCCUGUCGGCUCGGUCCGCACCCCACAGUGCGCGCGGCAGCCGUGUGGCGGGAGGGCGCUACUUUCCCCCGGUCCUGGGCAGGACAGGGACGGCAGCGGGACAACUUGGAAAACUUCUCUGGGGCGAGCGGCUGGGGCGCUGGUAGAAGAUGUAAGAGGGCAGUGGCCAGUCCUGGGUGUCCCCCGUCGUCCUAGGUCCUUUUGGGCCAGGCCAUGGGGAUCCGGCGCCUUCAGCGCCGCCAGGUGGGCGACCCCCUCAUCUAGCCCAGCCAGGGCCGCACUCUUCGCCUGCAGUGUGCUCGCUGGACGAGGAGCGUUCCCUCUGUCCUCGUCCGGCUCAGCCAUGGACCACCAGGAGCCCUACUCGGUGCAGGCCACAGCGGCCAUCGCGGCGGCCAUCACCUUCCUCAUCCUCUUCACCAUCUUUGGCAACGCGCUGGUCAUCCUGGCUGUGUUGACCAGCCGCUCGCUGCGGGCCCCGCAAAACCUGUUUCUGGUAUCGCUAGCCGCCGCUGACAUCCUGGUGGCCACGCUCAUCAUCCCUUUCUCGCUGGCCAACGAGCUGCUGGGCUACUGGUACUUCCGGCGCACGUGGUGCGAGGUGUAUCUGGCGCUGGAUGUGCUCUUCUGUACCUCAUCCAUCGUGCACCUGUGUGCCAUCAGUCUGGACCGCUACUGGGCAGUGAGCCGCGCGCUGGAGUACAACUCCAAACGCACCCCACGUCGCAUCAAGUGCAUCAUCCUCACUGUGUGGCUUAUCGCGGCCGUCAUAUCGCUGCCUCCCCUCAUCUACAAGGGCGACCAGCGACCCCAGCCUCGUGGGCGCCCUCAGUGCAAGCUCAACCAAGAGGCCUGGUACAUCCUAUCCUCUAGCAUUGGAUCUUUCUUUGCUCCUUGCCUCAUCAUGAUCCUUGUCUACCUGCGCAUCUAUCUGAUUGCCAAACGCAGCCACCGCAGAGGUCCCAGGGCCAAGGCUGGCCCUGGGAAGGGUGAGUCCAAGCAGCCCCAACCAGUCCCUGGGGGGGCUUUGGCCUCAGCUAAGCGGCCAACCCCAGCCUCUGCUCUGGCUUCUGCUGGAGAGGCCAAUGGAUGCUCCAAGCCCCCUGGAGAGAAGGAGGAAGGAGAGACGCUUGAGGAUGUUGGGAGCCGACCCUUGCCACCUGGCUGGGCUGCCCUUUCCAACUCAGGGCAGGGCCAGAAGGAGGGUGUUUGUGGGGCAUCUCCAGAGGAAGAAGCUGAAGAAGAGGAGGAAGAGGAGGAAGAGUGUGAGCCUAAGGCAGUGCCAGUGUCUCCUGCCUCAGUCUGCAGCCCACCCCUGCAGCAGCCACAGGGCUCCCGGGUGCUGGCCACCCUACGCGGCCAGGUGCUCCUGAGCAGGGGUAGGGGUGCUGUGGGUGGGCAGUGGUGGCGUCGACGGGCACAGCUGAGCCGGGAGAAACGAUUCACCUUUGUGCUGGCCGUGGUCAUCGGUGUCUUUGUACUCUGCUGGUUCCCCUUCUUCUUCAGCUACAGCCUGGGCGCCAUCUGCCCCAAGCACUGCAAGGUGCCCCAUGGCCUCUUCCAAUUCUUCUUCUGGAUUGGCUACUGUAACAGCUCACUGAACCCUGUCAUCUACACCAUCUUCAACCAGGACUUUCGCCGUGCCUUCCGGAGGAUUCUUUGUCGCCAGUGGACCCAGACGGCCUGAGAAAUCCUGUUGGAAGAUUCCAUCCUGGUCUUGGCUGAGCAAAAGGAAAAGCACAGAACUGGGGUAGCACCAGGUCAUCCAGAGAGGUGGUGGCAGGGAUCAGUCCUGGAGUGUGAAAGCUUAGAGAGGACAGGACAGAGAAGGAGCAUGGUUGGGGCCAUCCUGGGAGCAGCAGCACAAAGAGUUCUGGCUUUGAAGUCAAUCCUGCCUCUACUGCUUAUACCACCUGUGUGGCCUCAGACAGACUACUGAACCUCUCUGAGCCUCAAUUUGCUCACAUUUAAAAUGGGAUAAUAUCGCCUACUUUAAGAUUGGAGGGGUGUGUUGAGAGGUAGAGAUGAAAUGUAAGAUGUCGUUACGGAGUGGGAAGUUGUAGAGUUGGCACCUAUGAAUGGCAGAGACAUUAUGAUUAAUCCUCUGGAACCCCAGGUCCUCUCCAAGUUGAGCUGGCAGAACCCCUUGUGUGAAGUGUCCCCUGACUCACUGCUCAGCAGGCUGAUGGAAGGAGGGUGGGCUCUGUGUCUGCAUCCUGCUUAUGGGGUCUGCUCUUUUACCUUCCCUCCCUCAUGUUCCUGUGGGCCCUAUAGCUUCUCCCAUAGAGAGCUUCAGUGGGUUCUCUCCAGUGUGUAGCCAGCAGGGGAAAUUUUCUCAGGCAAAUGUGUCAAAUAUGCCACAUAUGUUCCUCUAUUCUUCCUGCCUUGACCAUGGCAGACAUCAUUAAUAGACCCCAGAGCUUUUUCUAUAAGCAGAGGCAAAGCUGCAGGAAGGCCCCAACAGACAUUUGCAAAUGAUUGCUGGUGUAAAAGAUGAAAUCUAUUCUCCACAGGCAGAAUCUUGGCCUUGUCUUCAAUAGGCAUAGGCACAGGGGAAAGGGCAGCCCAUCCCCCUGUGAGGGCCAGUGCAGAGGGCCAUCUCUAGAGACCUCUAGGAUUCCUGCACUAUUGCUGCAGUAGUGGGCACCCAGGGGUCAGUGCCCAGGAGGACUCCAGUGAACCUGAGAAAACUGCAUCUGGAACCACAGCUGCUGAGCAGAGGGAAGGUUCUGAAAGCAGACAACCUGGAGCAAGGCCACAUGGCAUGGGGGGUGUUGGUAAGGGCUGGGGCCUCUUUAAAAAAUUUUUUAGAAUAUUGUGGGUGUACAAAUGUUUUGGUUACAUAAAUUGCUUUUGCUCUGCGUGAGUAAAGUUGUAAUGUGCCCAUCACCCAGAUAGUGUGCAUUGUACUUAUUAGGUGUGAAUUUACCCUUCUCCCAUCUACUUGGUUUCCAUUGGGUUUUACCUCCAUGUAUGCCCAUGAGUGUUGAACAAUUAGUUCCAAUUUAAUAGUGAGUACAUAUGAUGUUUGUUUUUCCUUAUUGCGAUAGUUCACUUGGAAGAAUGGUCUCCAGGUCCAUCCAGGUUGUUACAAAAGGUAAAAGUUCAGAGGGCAGAGGCUUCUUGAGGACACCGGUGGGAAGGGUAGAAAAGGGAUGCAGGUAAUUUGAAGGCUCUAUUCUCCCAAGAGUGUGGAAAGCAAGGCAAGGAUGGUUUGAGAGUCAUUCUUCCCCCACAGUUGAACAGCCUUUUGUGCAGCUUGUGUGUCUGAUGGCCUGGUUCCAGGGUGGAUAUCAUUGCUCUCUGUGAUCCAUGAGUGGAACUUAGGUCCUGAUUCCCU